CGAGCCUCUCCCUCCACCCUCGAUCGGGAUCCGCCUGUGUGAAGCUACCUCGGGGUCAAGGUUGAGCCAUGGCGCGGUUGAGGACAAUGCGCAAGACGCCGGCCACCUCCUCCGGCUUGGUGGUAGCGGCGUCGUCCCUCCUCCUCCUCCUCCUCCUCCUCGCGACGGGCGCGGUGGACGCGUCGCCGUCCGACUACGCCAGCGCGUUCGACAAGUGCCUCCAGUUCUUCGAGGCGCAGCGGUCCGGCAAGCUCCCCGCCGACCGCCUCGUCCGGUGGCGCGGCGACUCCGCCCUCACCGACGGCUUCUCCCAGGGGGUGGAUCUGGUGGGCGGGUACUACGACUCCGGCGACCACGUGAAGUUCGGGUUCCCGAUGGCGUACGCGGCGACGAUGCUGUCGUGGGGGGUGGUCGAGUUCGAGAAGGAGAUGAUCGCCGCCAACCAGCUCCACCGCGCGCUCGACGCCAUCCGCUGGGCCACCAACUACUUCAUCAAGGCCCACACGCAGCCCAACACUCUCUGGGUCCAGGUGGGCGACGGCGACAGCGACCACCUGUGCUGGGAGCGCGCCGAGGACAUGACGACGCCGCGCACGGCGUUCAAGAUCGACGCCAACAACCACGGAUCCGACGUCGCCGGCGAGACGGCCGCCGCUCUCGCCGCCGCGUCCAAGGCCUUCAAGCCCUACGACUCCAUGUACUCCGACCUCCUCCUCCUCCACGCCAAGCAGCUCUUCACGUUCGCUGACGCGUUCAGGGGCAAGUACGACGACUCCCUGCAGAGCGCCAAGAAGUUCUACCCUUCCGCCUCCGGCUACGAGGACGAGCUGCUGUGGGCGGCGGCGUGGCUGUACGAGGCGACCGGCGACGAGCAGUACCUCCACUACGUGUCCCAGAACGCGGAGGCGUUCGGCGGCACCGGCUGGGCCGUCACGGAGUUCUCCUGGGACAACAAGUACGCCGGGCUCCAGGUGCUCCUCUCCAAGGUGCUCUUCGAGCAGGGCGGCAACGCCGCCGGCUGCGCCGCCACGCUCAAGCAGUACCAGGCCAAGGCCGAGUUCUUCCUCUGCUCCUGCCUCCAGAAGAACAAUGGCCACAACAUCAAGAUGACCACUGGCGGUCUCCUGUACGUGGAUGACUGGAGCAACAUGCAGUACGUGAGCUCGUCGACGUUCCUCCUCACCGUCUACGCCGACUACCUCGCCGAGUCGCACGGCACGCUCAAGUGCCCGGACGGCGAGGUGAAGCCAUCGGAGAUCCUCCGCUUCGCGAGGUCCCAGGUCGAUUACGUCCUCGGGAAGAACCCCAAGGGGAUGAGCUACAUGGUCGGCUAUGGCAGCUACUACCCGACGCACGUGCACCACCGUGGCGCGUCCAUUCCGUCCAUCUACGCCAUGAACGCCACCAUCGGCUGCAUGGACGGAUUCGACAAGUACUACAACAGCAAGAACGCCGACCCCAACAUCCUCUACGGCGCCCUCGUCGGCGGCCCCGACGCCAACGACGGCUACGCCGACGAACGCGGCAACUACCAGCACGCCGAGCCCACUCUCGUCGGCAAUGCGCCCAUCUGCGGCGUCUUCGCGCGCCUCGCCGCCUCGCCCGCCGAUAACACACCGGACAACUCGCCGCCGCAGGGCCCCUCACCAUCAAACGAUCAUGACUCACCAUUGGAGUUCGUGCACACGGUGACCAACUCGUGGAAGACGAACGGCGUGGACUACUACCGGCACGUCGUCACAGCGAAGAACACGUGCGGCCACGCCAUCACCUACCUGAAGCUCCAGGUCGAGGAGCUCUCCGGGCCAAUCUACGGCGUCUCCAGCACGAACGCCAAGGACAUGUACGAGUUCCCGUCAUGGAUGUCAAGGCUCGACGCCGGCGCGCAGCUCACCAUCGUCUACAUCCAGGGCGGCCCCGCCGCCAAGAUCACCGUCGCAGAAUACAAGACGGCCUGAUAACGACACGAGAACUGAAUUGCAUGUGCCCCUUGUUUUCCAAUCAUUUUUUUGGUGUGUGGUUCACUCCUGCUUUCAGCAAACAGGUUGUGUGCAAUCUCGAAGCAACGAGUGUCCCCUCAGAUUACGACUGCUUUGAGACGUAAAUCCACUGAUUCUUCUGUAUUUGGAAUGGCAUAGGAGAUCUUUAGCUUUUUCAUAAUUUCUCCAUUCUUUCUGCUGCUGUGCGCGUGUAUUUUGCGGUUGCCAACUAAGCAGACCACUGUGACAUGAUGUUUUUGCUACCUUGCUUGGUUCAAGAUGAAAUUCACCUGACAAUG